AUGUCACAACAACUUCUCCUGCGGUUGUUCCAGAGCGAGCACUUUAACAGCUGGAUGGCCAUCUCCUACUUGUUUAAGUAUCCUGAUUCAGUUGGAAUCCAGCAUUAUUUGUGUAAUGAGCUUAAAAAAUUUCCCAUGUCAGAAAUCGAGUUCUUUUUGCCGCAAUUAUGUCGAACGACCGAAUCGGUGGCGUUAGAAUGCUUCAUAUUAGAAAGUUGCGAGAAAUCAACGCAUAUGGCUGUACUGACAUUAUGGUAUCUUCAGGCGUAUCGUUCGGAUCUGUCGGCUAAUCCAUUUUCACCAACUUUCACAGUUUGUAAGCGCGUAUUGAAUAAAUGUCAAGCGAUAGUUUUUGGUGAAGUUCAAAAUGAUGAUGAUAAGGUUGGUUCUUCACGGGGAAAGGUUCGUGAGAAUACUUUUCCCGCGCUUGUUGGGAUCGGCGCAAUGUUGGCUGGUAUUGCCGCACCAAUGUUGACCAGGAGUGCGGGACAAAUUGCCAUAGCACAAGGAAGGAAAAACAGGACCAUUAAUAAUUCGAUGGGUAGGCAGCUCGAGAGAAGACGAACUCACACAGGGACAAUCAGAUCCUCGAGACAAUCGGAGAUAUCGAAUGAUGACAAUUCAGAUGAGAAUGUUGAACAGCCUCGAAUCGAGGACCAGGAUAAUUCAGAAAUUAUCUCAAGUAUGUUGGAGGGUAAAGGUCAGGAAGCGAAUGAAAAUCUGGUGGAGGCAUAUGAUAAACAAGAAAUACCAGAGAUUAAAGUUGAAACGCCAAGUACCGGGGACAAGUCGUAUUCUAUUUCUUCGAAAAUUAAUGGACAAUCGAUGCCUAAAUUUAUAAAAGGUCACAGAAAGAGUUCUUCACGAUCGUCUUCAUCAUCACUCCCUAGUCGUCACAAUGGAAUUAACAAUGCCACAUUUACAUCUCCAUCACUUGAUGAUUUGCAUAAGGGAAACGCAUUUUCACUAAAACAUUACAUAACAAGAAAGGAAAAACAACGCCCCCAAUCGGCAGAGUAUUCACCCACAGGCCUGGGGGAAUAUGGUCCAGAGAGGCAGAGGCGUCUUCUGAGGGGGAAUUAUUUUCAUUCCGAAAUGCAAUUUUUAUUAGCCUUACAGGACAUCUCGACUAGGCUAAUAAUUGUUCCUCGAGAGGCAAGGCAAAGUACACUUAGAGCAGAGUUAACCUUAUUGAAUCAUAACUUACCGGCAGAAAUCUGUAUACCUCUCUGGUGUCCUGCAUCGGCGGAAGAACCGUAUCAUCAUCGAGUGGUCAGGAUAUCCCCGGUUGAUGCGGUGGUGUUAAAUUCAGCUGAUAGGGUCCCUUAUUUAUUAAUGGUAGAGGUACUUGAAGGGGAAAUUAGUUUUGAUAUGUCUAAAUUGCAAACGCAAAAGUCAAUGCAACGACUUCUUCACGAAGAAAAGCGCAAAAGGCAAUCUGUCGACACAUCGGUAACUGUAGAUUCGCAUAAGCACGAGGACAUCAAUGUUGAACAGCCACCUGAACAUACCGAGGAAACUGCGACUAGCAUAAACAUUAAGGAUGUAGAAAAGUCUCACACAGUUGAUAGAAUAAAUGAUUUUAUAAAUGAUAAUGAAAAUAUUGGUGUGAAGGUGGUGGCUGAUGAAGCUGUUAAUUUGACAAAUGUUGACGACAAAAAAAAACAACCAGAAAAUAUUGAUGAGAAGUCUGUAACUCUUACUGCACCAAUGACAGCCCUUCCUAAGAGUUCAUUUUUAUCACCAAGGUCUUCAAAGAGGGCAGCAUCAAUUGAUAAACUUCCAAUAAUGCCUUCAUUUUCAUUGGUAUCCGUUGACGAGAUGAGCACACAACUCACGCAAAUUGACACAGAUUUGAAAAUUGCUGAUACUUCGUCACAACAAUCUGCAAAAAAAAAAUCGACUGUUCCUUAUACUCCCACCACGCCAACGUUGCCAGAAUCAAAUAGUCGAUAUUUGAAGCAAGUCAUCAAUCGAAGACAAUCAAAUUCAGCAGAUGAAUUUGCUGAAAGGAUGCGAACGGCAGCUGUAAUGCUAGCACAGUUGAAUGCAGCGCAGCAAGUGCGUACAUCGGCCACAGGUGAGACCAUACAAAGAACGAAGGCUGACACCGAAGCAAUAAGACGAAAGAUUAUUAGCGAGAUGAUGGGUUUGGAGGAAGAAAGAAUGAUGAAGAUGAAAACUCAAGGUGUUCUUAGUGGUGUUGGUGCAAAUGGGGGCGAAGGCGGUGGUGGAGAGAUGCUGGAAGAUGAAAUACGCGUCUUGAACGCAGUCAACAAGGAUGAUCCUAGCGCGGCUGUAUUUAGCGAAGAAUGGGAAACAAAAGAAGAGCGUAUUCGUAAAUCAUCACCUUUCGGGUCUUACUCAAAUUGGCGUCUCUUGUCGGUCAUAGUUAAAACAGGCGCAGACUUGCGUCAAGAACAAUUAGCAUGCCAACUAAUUCGCGAAAUGCAACGAAUAUGGCAAAAAGCGAAUAUAAAUGUAUGGGUUAAAUAUUACCGAGUUCUCGUCACAUCUGAUAAUUCUGGGUUAAUAGAAACAAUUCAAAAUUCAAUUUCAAUUCAUUCCAUCAAGAAAGAUGCUUAUGCAAAAAGAUUAAAUGAAAAAGGGUUCAUGUUUACCUUGUUUGAUUAUUUUGUAAAGACGUACGGGGAUGUUUCAUCUGAAGCAUUUUUGCGUGCACAAGAUAACUUUAUGAGGAGCUUGGCAGCCUAUUCGCUUGUGUGCUACAUUUUACAAGUGAAAGAUCGACAUAAUGGAAACGUUCUUCUGGACGUCGAAGGUCACUUAAUACAUAUCGAUUUCGGAUUCAUGCUUUCAAACUCUCCUGGUUCUGUCGGGUUCGAACUAGCACCUUUUAAGCUUUCACAAGAAUAUUUGGACAUAUUGGGCGGUGUAACUAGUGAAAAAUUUGCCGAGUUUAAGGCCUUACUAAAGCAGGCCUUUUUGGCAUUAAGAAAGCACGUAGACAACUUUGUGCUAUUGGUCGAAAUGAUGUCCAAAGAUUCGAAACUACCUUGUUUUCUUUCGGGCGACGUGACCGCUUCUCAUCUUCGAGAUCGUUUCCAGCCUUCCCUUACUGAACCCCAAUUUGAAGAAUUUGUCGAAAAAUUGAUAAUGUCAAGUUGUUGUAAUGUAUUUACUCGUUUGUACGAUACUUUUCAAUAUUACUCUAAUGGAAUCCUAUAA